CCCCAGAUAAUUCCAUAGUGCCAUAAGCCCCAAGACAAUCCAUAGAAGUCUCAAAAAGUCCAUGUUUUUUUCAUACAAAACCUCAACCCGAAGAGUCGGAAUUGACUUUACCGAAUUGUGCUCGAUUUACUUGGCGCCGUGCGCAUUAACGUUUAUGCUACCUUAAGAUAAGACUUAUCAGUGAUUUCUGCUGCAGUUGCAUAACUGGUCAUUGCCGAAAAAAAAAAAUUGGCUGCACCAAAAUAAAAACAACAACAACAAGGACGAAGGUUCUCCUGGGGAAAUAAUACAAAACAAGUUAUAAGUAGAAAAAAAAAAGAAAAGGAGGAGUGUGUAAGCGAUUGCAGUUAGCGGGUUAAGAACCCCAAAGCUUUGGGGCCCGCCUUCCGCCCUCCACGCCCCUAGUCCGCCACCCACGCGCUUUUAUUUCGCGACGUGCCUUAAAAAAAAAUCGCGUUUUCCAAGUGCGCGAUAAUUACGCAAAGCUAUUUCAAUAAUCCCCAAAAACGCGAAGAGUGUGCACGACAGAGAGAGUGAUAAACAGAAGCAGAAGAAGAUGGCCCAAAACACAGCAGAUACUUUCAUCCAUCUGAUUGCCGGCGGAUCCGCUGGCACAGUUGGCGCCGUGGUCACAUGCCCCCUGGAGGUGGUUAAGACGCGUCUGCAGAGCUCCACGGCCUUUAUGACGCCGGCACGGCUGGUGGAGAACGCCGGCGGACCGGCGAACGGCGGCCAAUCGGAGCUGCUGCGGCCGGAACAACGACGUAAGCUAAGCACAACGAUAUUACGUAACAGAUCACAGCCACAGGUGAUUGGGGGUGUGCGUAGGAUAAUGGCCAUUUCACAUUGCGGCAUCUCCUCGACAACACCCAAAUCCAUGAGCAUCAUCCAAUGUCUGAGACAUAUUGUUCAGAACGAGGGUCCCCGCGCUCUCUUCAAAGGUCUGGGACCGAAUCUCGUGGGCGUGGCCCCCUCCCGUGCCAUCUACUUCUGCACCUACUCGCAGACCAAGAACACGCUCAACAGUUUGGGCUUUGUUGAACGUGACUCGCCAUUGGUUCACAUCAUGAGCGCAGCCAGUGCUGGAUUUGUCUCCUCGACGGCCACGAAUCCCAUUUGGUUUGUCAAGACGCGAAUGCAGCUCGACUACAACUCCAAGGUCCAGAUGACGGUGAGGCAGUGCAUCGAGCGGGUCUAUGCCCAGGGCGGUGUGGCGGCUUUCUACAAGGGAAUCACGGCCAGUUAUUUUGGCAUCUGCGAGACUAUGGUUCAUUUUGUUAUCUACGAGUUUAUUAAAUCGAAAUUGUUGGAGCAGCGAAAUCAGCGGCAUACAGACACUAAAGGUUCCCGCGACUUCCUCGAGUUCAUGAUGGCCGGCGCCGUCUCCAAGACGAUUGCCUCCUGCAUCGCGUAUCCCCACGAGGUGGCACGUACUCGCCUGCGGGAGGAGGGCAACAAAUACAACUCCUUCUGGCAAACCCUGCACACUGUUUGGAAAGAGGAGGGCCGGGCAGGACUGUAUAGAGGCUUGGCCACACAGCUGGUGCGACAGAUUCCCAACACGGCGAUCAUGAUGGCCACCUACGAAGCGGUUGUCUAUGUCCUCACCCGGCGAUUCAACAACAAGUCCAAUGAGUUCUACGAUUUUUAAAGAAUCCAUCUGGAUGUCUGGGGACGAUUAGUUAACACACUUACAUACAUAUACUUACUAUGAGGAGAAACCCAAUCUGUGCAUAUGUAGACGCGACUGCUGCAACCUAUCUGUAAUUGUAAUCCUUUUUCUAGACGAUCGACACCAACGAGCGCAAAUCUUAGUUAACUAGCUUCUAAGUCACACCAAAAAAAAAAAACAAGAAACGAACUCGAUAGACUUGAGACGUUAAACGUUGAACGUUGGCCAACGAAGCAAACACGCACCACGAUCGGA